AUGUUGCCCAGCAAGUUCAAGAUCCGCCAAUUGGUCGAUGCUACGCCGGCGGAGCGGAGCACAUUGACUCAGGUAGUCAUGGAAGCCUAUGCCCAAGACCCUCACGUCUCCGCCAUCUCCGGCGGGCAGCUGUCCAACCUCCCGUUAUAUGAAAAGCUCACUAGUUGCUUCGUCAAUGCAGGGUGCGUGGAGGGACUCGUAUGGAUCGCAGAAUUAGAGGGCAAGAUGGUCGGCGCGUCAAUCUGGUGGCCGCCCGGAGUAGAGUUCAUGAGCAGCGAGAAGCAGCGCGAGGUAGCGAAAUGGGAUGAGUAUCUCGUGAUGCUUGAGCCUGGGCUUGCGGAGUGGAUCAUGAGUAGCUUCAUACCCGAGGGUGGCGCUUUCUGUGCACAGUCAUUCGGAGGUGCGACCGUACUUAACGAUGCGUGGGGACUCCAAAUCCUUUGUGUCGUGCCAUCACACCAACGACAAGGCAUCGGCCGAGCUUUGUUCGAAAUCGGUGCCAGGAAAGCCCUCGCGAGUGGAGAGCGUCUCGUCUGGGAGACGGCAAACCCUAACGGUCCUGCGAUGUACAAGAGCUGGGGAGCAGAGAUAAGGGGCGAGGAAGAGUUCGAAAGCAAGUAUGAGGACAAAAAGUAUAUGUUCUGGUGUAUGGAGCUGCCUCGCCCCCCAAUCGCGUCACUGUGA